ACUUCUACUCUUUAUACUGGUUUAGUUAAUUCUAUAGUAACUCAGCUAAACAUAGAAGAAAAUCUAAAUUCUGUUGAGAUAAAGUAUAUAGUUAGCGAAAUGUGUCCACCUAUAAAAAUUCAUAAUGAUGUUGGGGUAAAGGUUUAUCUAGAUCAGAUGAGGGUGAAUUUGGAUUUUUUUACAAAAUAUCUAUUAUGCAUCACUUUGAAAGAUUGUGGGCAGUAUAACGAAUGUCAUAGAGUUAUAGUUAAUGAUAUAAUAAAUUCUGAUGUUAGAUUAUCACAGAAUAACAUAGAUCUAUACUCCAACAAUUCUAUCCGUUUGAUCGGAAUGGAUUUAGACGGAGUUGUCAAUGAUAAUAGUGAAGUAGAUAAUGAUAUAAUAUGUGAUCAUUCUAAUUUAUUUGUAGCUGAAAAUCAGAUUUAUAAUAAUAAAGGAACCCUUAAGGAGGUUAUGUGGCAUGUUGGACUUGUUGAGAAGUUCAGCUUUCGGGUUGCACGUUGUAAUGCAUCUAAUUAUCACCUGAAUUGUAUUUCUAAGAGUUGUUCUUGGAUGAUGAGGGCAUCUAGUUUGAAUAAAUCUAGUUUAUUCAAAGUUCGGAAGUAUAUUUCUCAGCAUACAUGUUGUGUUAGAGAAAGAGUUUAUGCCAGACGUCAAGGGAUAACUGACGUUGUAGCUGUCUUGAUAAUGGAUAAUUAUAUUGAUCCAUCUAAGGUAUAUACUCCAAAAGAUGUAGCUGAUGAUAUGUUGAAAUUGCAUGGUGUUUCGUUGACAUACAUACAGGCAUGGAGAGCUAAAGAAAAAGCAGUAAAGUUGGUGCGAGGAGAUCCAGCAGAAUCUUAUGCAAGAUUACCUGGUUAUUUUUACAUUUUGGAGCAAACAUAUCCAGGAUCUGUUUUGAAAAUAAAAAGGAAUGAAGAUGAUACAUUUUUAUAUGCAUUUGUUGCUUUAGAAGCAUGUAUUAGGGGCUGGGAAUAUUGUAGGCCAAUUGUAGUUGUUGAUGGUGCUGCAUUAAAAUGUUCAUAUGGUGGUACAAUGUUAACUGCAAGCACAUUGGAUCCGGGAGGUCAUAUACUUCCGUUGGCGUAUGCGAUAGUAGAUUCUGAAAAUGAUGCUUCAUGGACAUGGUUCUUUGAGCAAUUUAGAGAAGCAUAUGGAGUUAGACAAAAUAUGUGUUUUAUGUCAGACAGAAAUGAAAGCAUAUGGAAAGGGACAACAAAUGUAUAUCCUGAAUCAGAACAUUAUGCAUGCAUAUGGCAUUUAUCAGUCAAUGUUUUGAAGAAUUUCAAUAGAAAUACUGAAGAUUUGAAGAUGUUGUUCUUUUCAUUGGCAAAAGCUUAUACAAAACAACAGUUUGAGACAAUUAUGGGAAGAAUAGAUCAGAUAGAUACGCGAAUACGACCAUACUUGUUUGAUAUUGGUUAUAGCAAAUGGUCAAGAGCUUACUCGAAUUGUAAGCGCACAUGGACCAUGACUUCAAACAUCGCGGAGUCAUUGAAUAAUGUUAACAGAUUAGCACGGAGGUUACCGGUGAUUUCACUUCUUGAGUUUAUGAGGGUGACAAUUCAGAGGUGGAUUCACAAGCAUAAUGAGGAGGCUGAUAAGACUACAUCUAAUCUGACAAAAAAAUAUGAUGUUUAUCUACAGGAA